AUGAUGGAACACAUGAUGAAUCCCAUGAUGAUGAAUCCCAUGAUGGGUGGAAUGAUGAAUCCCAUGAUGGGAGGUGGCAUGGCGCCUAUGUUGAUGGGUGGCUGCAAUGGAAUGAUGGGACCCAUGAAUGGAAUGAUGGGUGGAAUGAUGAACCCAGCAGCCAUGCGUCGAAUGAUGGAAGAUGUUGCGGCUGGGGAAGAUGCUGAGGAAGAAGUCCAUGAUUAUGAUGAUGUUGGUGCAGUCCAAGAUGCUCCUCCUCCUCAGCCUGCUGCUGCUUCGGCCUCUGUGGUUGCGCAGCCUGUGGCUCCUGCUGUGCCUGUCCCUGCUCAGCCUGAGCACCAGCCGCCGCCUGUGCUCCCUUACAACAAGAGUGAUGAUGCUGCCAUCACAAGGUCUGCAAGUAUGAUCAGAGGCAUUCCCAUGACAAGACUUUCCUAUUCCAUUGAGAAGUUGGUGCCAGCCCUGGAUGCCGGCUACACUAGUGGCCUCACCCAGCGAGGUCUUCUUCAGCUUCUCUGGAUCAUCACGAAGUUAAAGCCAUCUCUCAAGAUUUCGAAUCUUCGUGAUUUG